UGCUUUUAUCUACAGGAUAUAACUGUGUAAAUUUCCAUACUGUUGGAUAGAUGCCGGUGUUGUAACAGUACAGGAACAGGUUGGCUAGGGGAGCAGCUAGUUCUGGAGCACAAGUCUUCAGUACUAUUGCUGGAACAUUGUCAAGGUCCAUAGCCUUUGCAGUAUCCAAUGCCUUCAGCCAUUUCUCGAUAUCCCAUAUAUUGAAUCCCUUCAGCUACUUUGUACUGUGCCAUAAGAGGUAACAUUUUUAAAGUGCAUAAUGCAAACAUUGAAAAGCUGGGACACAUGAUUUCUCGUUGACCAAUUGUAUGAAACGUAACUGGCAAGGUGCCAUCUCCUCACCUAUGAAAGCUGCAGGUGGAAAGCGGAAGUGGCUUUUCAAUGUAGUGGAAGAGAAAGGUUCUCCAGGAUCCAUUUCCUUACUAAAGUUGAUUUUCAGUGCAUUGCUGUGAAACAAGAAGAAAAUCCCCAAAAUGGCACAGUUUGCAGGCAACCCCAUGGUUAUAAUAAACCAGCCUAUCUCCAUGGAAAAAAGGGAUUGGAACACCGGACUGUGCAGCUGUUGUGAUGAUGUGGGAAUAUGUUGCUGCGGCUUGUUCUGUACAAUGUGCCUAGGCUGUCAAAUUGCUUCGAACAUGAACGAGUGUUGUCUCUGCGGUAUUUCCAUGGCUAUGAGAACUCUUGUCAGAACAAAGUACCACAUUUCUGGAACCCUUUGCAAUGAUUGGUGUACAACCAUGUUUUGCCUCCCAUGCUCUCUUUGCCAAAUUAAAAGAGAAAUAAAUACUCAACGCUGAUGUGGUUUGAGUUUUUCUGCUUACAUUACAGUCUAUAUGACGUAAUCUUUAAAUGCCAAUUACUCCAAUAACAAAAUGAAGAUUGACGGAAAAAUCAGCAGGAGCAAACAAAUUGAAAAUUGCAUCAACAACAGAUUAAGAUCUGACAACUAAAAAUAUAUGUGUUAUUUGUUUUUCCUUUUAUUAAGUCAUUGCCCUGAAAUCUGAAGUUAUCUGCCAGAGUCGCAUAGCAUGUCAUAGUUUGCAUGGGAAUUCUCAGCUUUUGGCAGUUAUGCUCUGUAAAUGCUCUAGUGCUAUACAGAACAGCACCACAGAUUCUGUCACUGAUUUUAACUUUUGGGAAAGUGAACUCUUCCAUCUGUGUUGCUGAAGAAAACAGACCAACCCGAAACGAGGCUAAUCCAAAUUGGGCAAAAGUCAGAUGUUAGCGAUUGAAUGCAGAAUGGCCCAAUUAGGCUUGCUUCAAAUACAGAAUUCAUUUCCCCAUGUCAGAUUCCAAAUUUGAAAUUUUCUAGAAUUAUUUUCCUACGGGUAAUUUUCCAUGAAACAUCCAAAUCUGAAAUUACUUUCAUAAAAUGAAGAUUUUUAUUGCUUUUUCAUAUUGAACGGCAAGUAUAUCGUGAAGUUUUUAAAAAAAUGCUUUUCAAAGAAGUCACUAGCAGAACAACAAUUUGAAUGACACGAACAAUCACGUUGACAGUAUAAAAAUGAUGACUGCUCCAAAUUGCAAUUCCUCCCUUUCCUGCCCCCACCCCGACCACACUAGAAUUUCAAUCCUUGAAGGCCACUUAGUAGCAUACUGCUUCUCUUAAGUCAUGCAACGCAGAAGGAAAAAAUGCCCAGCUUAUGUCACCUUUAGAAUAUUCUAGAAACCAAGAAAAGAGAAAAAUACGGUUAUUAUUUAUGAAAUUGUUUUCCAAUUAAUUGCAGAUAUCAACAAAUCAAGUAUACUUAUUUUUGCAUUCAAAUAUAAACAAUACAAACUUAACUUUAUGUUUUAUUAUAAGAAUAAUUUAGAACAGUGUUCUAUAAGACCAGGACAUCACAGAAAUGUUGGUACAAAUGGAAGGCAUUCAGCCCAAUGAACUGUGCUGUUGCAAGUUCACAUGAGAACUAUUUACUCUAACUCCCUCCCUGCUCUUUCCAGGUACAGCUCGCACUACUUAUUGUGGAUGCACUGGUGUUCAUCAAGUUGCCAGUAAAAGUUGGACAGUAAAACCAUCACAGGCUGUAGAAACCCUACAUUUCAAAUCCUCCAGAUCCUUAAAAGUUACACAAAGCAGUGUUAAUACUUAAGGUGGUCUUAAUAUAUUUGAAUCACCUCCUUUAUUAAGUGUUAAUAUUUGAAAUACAUUCACAAAUGGCAGUAGUGUAUGCCAUCGAAGGUGCACUGCAGCAACUCAACCAGGCUCCGUCAAUAGCACCUUCCAAACCCAUGGUAUCUACCACCUAGAAGGGCAAGAGCAGCAGAUGCAUGUGAACACCACCAUCUGCAAGUUCCCCUGCAAGCCACACACCCUCCUGACUUGGAAUGAUAUCGCUGUUCCUUCACUGUCGCUGGGUCAAAACCCCGGAACUCCCGAAAGCACGGUGGGUGUAUCUGCACCACAUGGACUGCAGUGGUUCGAGAAGGCAGCUCACCACCCAACUUGUCAAGGGCAAUUAGGGCUGGCAAUAAAUGCUGACCUAGCCAGUGAUCCUCACAUCCCAUGUAAGAAUAAAUUUUAAGAAGGUUCAGAAACUUUGAAAUAACUGGGGUAGCUCAUAGAAAGCAACCAAUGUUGCCCAAUGCCCUUUAACCACUUGUAUUGUGAGAUGAGUGCAUAUAGUUUGUUUUGUUCUGCUUAAUUCAUUUCGCCACUAAAAAAUCAGGGUGUUUUAGAAGAUUCAAAUUCUGUCCAUCAGCAACAAGCUGCAACAUAGUUUAUUGUAUUGCCCAAAAUUGAUGUGUCUCUUGAGACAUUGUAAAUGGUGCCAUCUAAAUUGAUUUCUAUGCUGAUGGCAAAUUAUGAUGAUUGUUAAUUGCCUAGUAUACUUUUUAUAGUGAUUGUGCUCUUUUAUGGUCCAAAAUUUGCUGUCAAAAUAAUGGCAAGGCUAAUUGCACUCACCACUAUUCAUACAGAAAUGCUGCAGCAACUUCAGAGUUGAAUGGCGUGAAGUUGCUGUACUUGCAUGGUAGGUAUAAGCUAAAUUCAGAACAAAUUUACAGUGGGCUGAAAUGACACAAGCAGCCUGUUUUGGAGCCAUUUAAGCUCUGCACAUAUUUGAUUAAGUCUGAUCAGCUAUCAGAUAUUCUUUUUAUAAUGUUCAACAUGUUGUUUACUGCCAAUGAACCUCCCUGGCAAAGAAAAUUAACUAUUGCAACUGUGGAUUGUCAUUCCUUCAAAUUUUAAUUGUAGUUGGACAUUUUAAAAAUGUAAAAUUUAACAUUGCAUUU